AUAAAGGUGUCUUCAAGAACCUUUAAAAAUGGUUCUUUAAGGCACCAUUUCUGGUUCCACAAAGAACCUUUCAAACCAGGGUUCUUGAAAGAACCAUUUCCUUAAAGAGUUCUUCAAAGAACCUUUAAUGGGGCUUCAAACGGAAAAAAAGGUUCUCCAGUCGGUGAUGGUUUUUCGUAGAACCACAACGCCUUUUAAAGAACCAUUUUAGAACCAUUAUUGUUCUGUGUACCCUCCUUUCAGUCAACAUAAUCUCUCACUUCACACAACAAGUUGCCGUCCCAGCCCUCAGGGCGGAUGUAAGUGGAGACGCCCCCCCCCCACCCAUACGUCCUGCCACAAUGCAUGCUGGGUAGCCUGCUGGCUGCAUGGGGUGGAGGCGGACCUGAGAUCUGAAGACGGCGACACGAAGACGUUCCCCUUUUGUUUUGACGUGCGUCUGCAGGUGAAGGAGCUGUAUCGGGGAGUGCUCGGCGCGCUGCAGCCGCUCCACCCUCCACGCUUGUUCUCCGAGGAGAGAGUGGGAGAGGGGUACGAGAGGAUGAGGAGGGAGGUGGAGAAGGAGGUGGAGCGACGGAAGGCUGUUGCCUCCCAGCUGAGGACACUGCUCGACAAUCAGCUGCAGGUCCUGAGGCGAGAGCAGCAGGCCCAGCAGAGGGUCCACAGCGUGUUCACGGCUCAGCUCAGAGAGUGCACCAGACUACUUUCAAAUGUUUACAACAACAAUCUACAACACACUUUGAUCCAGAGGCUGACGUACCUGCUGGAGGAGAUGGGGGAGCUGGUGUCCGCAGAGGGCCGGCGCCAGGGGGCCUGGGGGGUUCUGGGGGAGGGUACCGGGGCCGAGCUGCUCUGCCCCGACACCGGAGCCGUGCUGACCAAGGACCACAUCUUUGGUCCCGAUGGAUCGCUGCGUGCGUGCCGGGCAGUUCAUUGUGACUCGGUCACCGGCCUCUUCAGGCCGAACGCUCACAGCCACAUGCUGAUGAGCGGCGGCCACACCGUCGCCGUGCCAACGGCUUUCAUCCUCCACCCACACACCGGCAGAGUGAUGCCCGUAGCGGGCAACGUGGCCUACGACCCCGCGAGCUCCACCUUAGUGUUCACAGCAGACUCAUGUACAGGGGACAACAGGAAGUGGGACGGUCCGCUGCUUCCCUUCAUCCCUUACCCCACCUCGUGCCACUCAGACCAGCCUCUGCCCAACACUCGGCUCAGAGGCCUGAGACCAGGCCAGAGACUUCAGCUGGGCGUCCCCAUGGCGGACCCUGACACGGGGGUCCCGGUGCCCAUCCUGGCUGUAACCAUCCACCCCCAGACUGGACUAGUCUACCCACUGGGAGGGGUGCACGUGUGUCCCCUCACCCGCCUGCUGCAGCCCAUCCAGACCGGUUACCCCAUGCUGGACUCCAGAAGUGGGGACGUCGUGCUCACUGUUGGGGUCGGUCUAGACCCAGUGUCAGGAGCCGUGCUGCCGGUGGGUGGAGUCCUGCUGGCCGAGUCCUUCAUUGAACCUCUGAGUGGGCGGCUGGUGAGAGUGGGAGGAGCCAGUGUACGAGCUGGGCAACUGCUGCCCAACGCAGGCGGAUACCAGACCCUCCUGGACAGCCAGGUUCUGGGAGUGAUGUUCACGGUGUUGGAGCUCCUGAAGCCGCUGACGGAGGAGUGGGGGUCAGACCAAACUUCUGGUCCACGCCAUCAUCUGGUAGCUGCAGCCAAAGAGCUCCGGCAGGCCUGGGGGCGGAGCUUGCACUGCCAGCUGCAGCUGCAGACCAGGUUGGGGAUCCUGCUGGACUGGGCUGCAGAUCUCCAGAAGGAUGGCGGGACUCUGGGAGAGAUGCCUCUCUUCGGUUCGGAUGUGUGCGUUCCAGCUCUGCUGGGGAUGGAGUACCCGGACCCCAUGGGGUCUGGUCUGAGUGUGCCUGUGCUGGGCUGUCAGACGGACCUCGUCUCUGGGAGAAUAACACCGCUGGCCGGCACCAUGGAGGACCCUGACGGAAAAGGCCUGGUGGCAAUCUGUUACGCGUCUCAGACUGUCGACCCCGUGACGGGCGUGUUGACCCCAGUGGUUGGCGCCAGGCUUGAUAUGUCCAGAAAAAACAUUGUCCCGGUCACGGCUUCCUAUUGGCUGACGGCGGCCGACCAAACCGAUAGUGUGCAGGUGGAGGCGCUGCAGAGGGAGGUGUGUGUGCGAAACACUUACUGGCAGCAGCAGAGGCGACGGGAGGAAGACGUUCUCUCCGAUCUGGACUCGGCUCUCUUCAAGUGUCUCUGUAGAGUUACAGAAACAACCUCUUAUCAGGCCCAGUGGGCCGGGGGGCCGAUGAAGGAGGCGGCCGUGGAGCUGCAGGAUUGCGCGCAGACGGAAGCGCAAAGGAGAGCGGCUCAGCGCUCCCACCUGGCCCUGGUCCUGCCGCCGCAUGUAUUAAACAUCCUCACGCGGGGCGACGAGCAGGAAUGGGAUCGGCAGUGUAUGUGGCUCUCGGAGCUCGUGGCAGGCCUCGAUAAGGUGGAUGUGAGGAUGGAGCAGCUGCAGCAGGACCAAGACAAGUGGACGGCACAGGGAGGAGACUGGGCGUCGAUCCUCCACGCUAUGGACCGAGAGCUGAGGCAGAGGGAGUUGUGGGAGCAGUGCUCCUCCGGGCUGACGGAGCUGGAAGCGGCUCUCAACGCGCUGCAUUGUUCCAGACAGCUCUCGCAACUCCACGCCGACACCGCACAGGCGGUCCUGUGUGGCCACUUUUGGUAUAAGGAGUACGGUCUGGUGCGGUGCAGUGGACACAGGCCCACUGUGGAGGUCAGAGGUUUACUCCACCAGAUGGCUCUGCCUCUGCUGGAGAGACUGAACCAGCUCCUGGAGGACAGACAGUCGGCCAGCUUCUCUCCCAACACCUCCCAUCAGCACAGCUCUGGUACCAGCGAUGCAUAUUUACUCCAUGAUAAGGGUCUGUCCACAAAGCAGGCGUAUGGGAUGGAGGUCUCCUCCAGAGUCUGGACAGCCUCCGCGCCCGAGGUGAAAGGAAUCUCCACACAGUCCCUGAGGGAUCCCGUCAAUGGAGCUCAAUGCCAGGCCGGCUCGCACGACUCACAGAGACACACCGCACACUCCCAGGAGGGACAGCCGAUGACAGAGUCUGCUCAUCCCACACAUAGUAUCUCCGUCCCCGUGAUUCCAGAAGAGGAGUGGACCCAGCUGCUGGAGCUCUCUCCUCUGUUCCAGUUGUUGAAGGGGGUGGAGCAACAGUUGAGGGGCGGGGCCUGUGGGGCGGGGCUUCUUCCAGGAGAGCUCGCUGAGAGAGGCCAGAGCUUCAUAGACGUCCUGGACGCUCAGUGGGAGUGUGAGGGGGAGCUGGUCCCGUUGGACCCGUCGGUCCUGAACCCCAGAGAGUUUCUGGUGUACCAGCACGGACUGUUCCUGAUGCACACGUUGCUUAAUCUAAAACUGACUCCAGACAUUUCACUUCAUAUUGCAGCAAGUCUCCCAAACAACAACUACUUCAAUAACGCCUUCAGAAAUUCUUUCUUUUAUCAGGAGGCCGAGCAGACGCUCUUCGUGCGUCGCCAGCGGCUCCAGUCGGUCGGAGGCUUCUCUCUGCUGCUGCUCCACUGUCUGGCCCACGUCAAGAUUAAAGACAUGACCUCCGACUCCAGUCCGGCCUUCCAGAGGCUUUUCUUCAAGAUACUGCAGGAAUGUCUCGGGGAGCUGUUUCAGGCCAGACUGGGUGUGCCUUCCGCUGGACGGGGAGACAAUCUGUGUGCGUUGUUCCAGGACCGAGAGGCGCCUUCGGGAGUCUUAAAGAGGAAUCCAGACGCUCAUGUGGACUCCCUGCUUCACACACUCCAGAAACCAAGCAGAGGAUUACUCUCUGAAGAUGAAGUCGAGCGACUACAGAGGAAGUACGGAGAAACGUCUCUGCUCUCCCAUCUUGAAGUACUUCUGAGAAAGAAAAGCUCCGCUUGAGAGAAAUACACCCACGCUCUCGGAGCCAACUGCGCGCUAUACUCUCAGAUCCCUCCUCAAACACACAACACUCGUAUUCGGUAUAGUUGUUAAGGUUCAACAAAACCAAACGGUUCCCACUCGGGCUGGUGUUUCUCUCUCUCUGUCAUCUAGUUAGACCUCUCACCGGACACCACAACUCCAGCCUGCUGCUGCUUAAACGAAAUCAGGGAUAAUUGGCACCAGCUGUGCUAAUUAAGCCUGGCAUGUGAAACACGCCCACAUCUCUGCAGCUGAGCACAGGCCACGCCCACUACCACACUCUUUAUUGCAAGCGGCGUGGGAGAGGCACAGCUAAAUUGGUACUUUGAAUCCCUUUUUGUUUUUCUUGGUUUUUCAUUUGUUUUUUAGUAUAAGAGGUUUACUUUUAUUAAAUCCACACUCUAGAUUAGUGUGCCGUGGUAUACUGCACCCAAAAGCUGUUUGUCAACCACCAUAAAAAGAAAAAGAAGAAGAAGAAGUUCUCUAUACAAAUGUCUCAUGGCCUCCUCUCCGUCGGUUGCACCACCCACGUUGAUCAGCUGAGCAAUUAUCUCUUGGAAGAUGUAUAAACAUCUCUUUUCUCGAUUGCAGGAACUACACCUCUCAUCCACAAAAUAUGCACGCUGAAUGCUGGGUGUAAUAAUCAAAUUUUUUCCCACAUGAGCGGGACACUUAAUCCACCCCCAAUAAUUGCCUCUCCUCCUGGGAACUGAGGGAAAAUAAUCCAACUUCUUAUUAUUUUGUUGAUUUCCUCCCUAUUUAGCGUGAAAUAAACCUAUUACAAUUUGAACAUUUAGAACAUUAUUUUAAUUUUAAAUGUUACAAGCAUGUUCACUGUAGUGGAACACAGGACUAUUUUUAUUUGAAAAGACAGAAAAAAUAUAGAAGAUUAAAAAAUAAAAGUUAUGGCUGUAAAGUGAUAUUAAACCAAUAAUACAUUCAA